AUGCAAAGUGUUAUAAACACUGUAAAAGGAACCGCCCUCGGGGUUGCGGGAUACUUGACUCCUGUGCUUAAGGAGUCAAAGUUUCAUGAAACUGGAGUAUUAACUCCAGAAGAGUUUGUUGCUGCUGGAGACCACUUGGUUCACCACUGCCCUACCUGGCAAUGGGCUAAGGGUGAAGAAUCUAAAAUUAGGCCCUAUCUACCACCAGAUAAGCAGUUCCUGAUCACUAGAAAUGUACCUUGUUAUAGGAGGUGCAAACAAAUAGAAUACUGUGAAGAUAAUGAAAAAGUCAUAGAAGAUGAGACAGAUGAAGAUGGAGGCUGGGUAGACACGCACCACUACGAGUCUCCCGGCUCACCUGCUGUUGAAGAAAAGGUAUGUGAAAUGACACUGGAAGCAGCAGAAACUGGAGACAGUGAGGGCGAAGGUGGCGGAGACCAUGAUGAUGAUGAUGGAGAUGAUGACGGGGAAGCUGAAGAUAUGGAACACUUUCAAGAGUCUGGGCUGCUUGAUGAAGUGGAUCCAUCGACAGCGCUCACCACGCGCAAGGAGCCCGCGAAGGAGAAGCGGCAGAAGGAUGGCGAUGAGAUCGUCCGCACUCGAACCUACGACCUUCACAUCACCUACGACAAGUACUACCAAACCCCGCGCCUCUGGCUCAUCGGCUAUGACGAGGACCGUCACCUGCUGAGCGUGGACGCGAUGUACGAGGACGUGUCGCAGGACCACGCCAAGAAGACGGUCACCAUGGAGGCGCACCCCCACGUGUCCGGGCCCAGCAUGGCCUCUGUUCACCCCUGCAGACAUGCAGAAGUAAUGAAGAAAAUUAUAGAGACAGUGACGGAGAGUGGAGGAGAGCUCGGAGUGCACUCGUACCUCAUAGUGUUUCUCAAGUUUGUGCAGACGGUCAUACCCACAGUCGAGUAUGACUUCACACAGAAUGUUUCUAUGAAC